AUGGCGUGGCGGCGAUUAGUGGAGCAGGCGAUGGAGGGCGGUGAGCUGGACAACGAGAAGUUCCUCGAGAAGAUGCGGCGACGACUGGACAGCGUGGGAGUGUCGUUCCCCGGAGUGGAGGUGCGCUUUGAGGGGGUGAGCGCGUCCGCCAAGGUGCAAGUGGGGGCGAGGGGUCUGCCCACGCUCUUCAACCAGCUCGCCAACUCCACCGCCGCGCUGCUGAGGGAGCUGCGCCUACUCAAGGACCAGCGCCGCCUCUUCUUCGCUCUUGAUGGCUGCUCUGGCAUCCUCAAGCCUGGCAGGAUGACGCUGCUGCUGGGGCCGCCAGGCAGCGGCAAGUCAACGCUGCUGAAGAUCCUGGCAGGGAAGGCGGAGAGGGAGCUGCGCGUGCAGGGCGAGGUGACGUACAACGGCCGCCCGGGGAGCCAGUUUGUGCUGCCGCGCUCCGUGGCGUUUGUGCCUCAGACAGACUCCCACAUCGGCGAGAUGACUGUCCGGGAGACCCUCCAGUUCUCCGCUCGCCUGCAGGGGCCCGGCCACCGGGCAGACCUAUUUCGGCAGUUGGAGGAGAAAGAGAAGGAAUCUGGAGUCCAACCUGAUGACGUCAUGCAAGCUGUUAUGAAGGCGAUGGCGGAUGAGAGGCGGUGCUCCGAUGUUGUGGUGCAUUCCGUCCUGAAGAUGCUAGGCCUGGACGUGUGUGCUGGGACCAUGCUAGGCGAUGGCAUGCGUCGAGGAGUAUCAGGAGGGCAGAAGAAGCGGGUUACCACCGCCGAAGCACUCCUGGGCGCAAAGCAAGUCCUCCUAUUGGACGAGAUCUCCACCGGUCUCGAUUUCGCCACCACUUACCAGAUCACGCGGUGCCUGCGCAACCUCACGCACUUAACUAAUACCACCACCCUCAUCUCCCUGCUGCAACCCGCGCCCGAAACCUUUGAACUGUUUGAUGACGUCAUGCUGAUGUCAGAGGGGCGGAUUGUGUACCAUGGGCCCAGGGAGGAGGUGUUGGGAUUCUUCCGGGAAAUGGGGUUUGCGCCUCCCGCCCGCAAGGGAGUGGCUGACUUCCUGCAGGAGGUCACCUCGUUAAAAGAUCAGGAGCAGUACUGGCACCCGUCCCAGCUCCAGCCAUACCACUACAUAUCCGUCCGAGCCUUCGAGGAGGCCUUCCGAGCCUCCAGGUUAGGCAAGCAGAUGGAGGCCGAGCUCUCCGUUCCAUUGAGGAAGGAUCGGGAUGCAUUCACGGGAGAGAACGAUGGAAAAGACCUGAACAUUGGGAGAGAGGAGGGGAAGGAAGGCAGAGAGGAGGGGAAGGAAGGCAGUGAGGAGGGGAAGGAAGGCAGAGAGGAGGGGAAGGAAGGCAGAGAGGAUGCGGGUGCGACUCUUGCUCUGGCAGAGAGGCGGUUUGUGCUUCCUCCCCUUGCGAUGCUCAGUGUUGUGGCGGAUCGAGAGUGGCUGCUGAUGAGGCGGAAUCUGUUUCUCUACAUCGUGCAGACCAUGCAGACCCUCCCCCUUGCUAUAAUCACUGCGACUGUUUUCCUUCGCUCCCAGUUCUCCGUCACCCCUCUCGACGGCAAUUUCUACCUCGGAGCAAUUUUCUUCGGUAUAAUCACAAUGCUGUUCGGAGGAUUUAUCGAGCUCACGCUGCUCACAGCCCGCCUGCCCAUCUACUUCCUCCAAAGGGACAAUCUGCUGUUCCCCGCGUGGGCCUGGUGUGUGCCCAUGGCGCUGCUCUCUCUGCCCGUCUCCCUCUGGUCCGCCGGGGUCUGGACCGCCAUCACCUACUAUGGCAUCGGCUUCACCUCCCAGUUCUCCCGCUUCAUCGCCCAGCUUCUUCUCUUCUUCAUCACGCACAUGGCUGGCUCUGCGCUCUACCGAGCCAUGGGAGCUGUGUUUCGCAACGCCACACUCGUCAACACAUUUGGCAACUGCAUCCUCGCGCUGCUCUUCCUGCUCUCAGGGUUCAUCAUCACCAAAGACGAUAUCCACGACGUGUGGGUGUGGGUGUACUGGCUCUCGCCCCUCACAUACUGCCAAAACGCCUUUGCCAUCAACGAGUUUCUCGCCCCCAGAUGGGAUGUGCCCUCUGUCCCCCCCUCGCUGAACACAACAAUGGGCCUUCAGGUGCUAGAGGCUCGAGACCUCUGGACUGAUGCCUACUGGGUGUGGGGCGGUGCUGCUGUCGGGGUCCUCUUCACGCUCUUCUGCAAUGCGGUUACCAUUCUGGCUCUUGAAUACCUCAACCCCUGGCCCAGGGCCCAGCCAGUGAUCUCCCAGCAUCAACUAGAUGCCCGGGAAGCAUCGCUAGCAACCGCUUCCGCUCCUCCAAGAGCCUCGCCAGACCCUCCCCUUCUGCCCGCUCCAUGA